GCACCGGUUAGGAGUUUGUGUCUGCUGCGCGGUGGUAGUGCGGUGUAUCCUGAUCUACGAAGACUCGUUUGAAUUUUGAAGCAAUAGUGAGAAAAUGGAGCGUAAAGAUCAGCAAUCCCCACAAGAGGAGACAGCUCGGAUUCUUGUGGAAUUACUAGAAGUCGCCAUCAAUUCGAUUGUUUUCCUCAAAGGGAUUUAUCCUUCCGGUGCGUUCGAGAGGCGGCGUUAUAUGAGUGCUGUUGUUCACAGGGCUCGGCACCCUCAACUUAGAGAUUACAUCCAUUCUGCAGUCACUGGACUUCGCCCUUUUAUCGAAAAGGGAUUGGUGGACAGGGUGGCAGUUGUGUUCUUCAACAGUGACAAUGUCCCAAUUGAGAGAUUUUUGUUCAGACUUAUGGUGAAUCAGUCCUACAGGUUCAGGGUGGAAGCAGCUGACCUGGAGUUCUCUCUUAGGUCAUUUUUGAUGAAGCUCUCAGUGUCUGAAUCCCUCACUAAGGUUCUCCCUAGGGGCUGCAAUUGGGAAAUAACAGCUUAUUUCCGCACCCUCCCUGAGGCUAGAACAAGCAAGGAGGAGUUGUGGGUUCCAACAGACACAGAUCAGUGGCAACAGCCUCCUCUAAUAACCCCAAUCAAGUCUAUGAAAUGUGAAUCUCUGAGUGUGCAAUUGUAUUUAGAACAUCCAAGUGUGUCUGAACCAAAACCACAAUGAUAUCUGAGCACCAGCUUUGGAGAACCAAAGAAGAGCACCCCACCUUCUUUUUGGGGAAAAGAAGAGCUUGUAAAAUAUGACCUACAAUUACAAUUUCUGAAAUGAAUAGUAUAUAUUCCUCUUCUUUCUACUCAA